AAUAUAUAAAAACCACGUGUUAGGCAAAACAGACGACAAUUGUUAGGUAUUUUUUGCCGAAGUAACGCGCAUUUGCAUUGUCUGGUGGCUUAAGUUUUCUUUUAAUUUGAUUGAAUGCACAGUGGCAUUGGGAAUAUCACGGCAAUAAUAGCAGGACGGGAAUAAAACGAUAAGCGGGACCCAGCAACAGACAACAGAGAGUGUAAUAAAAAGUGCAAUAAGCAACAAUAACGAUUGGUUGAUUGUUGUUUUUGCCAUUAUUGUUGUUGUCUGUCUGUCUGUCUAUUUGUUUACUUUUGCGCUGAAUUGUUUAUUGUUAUUGUUGCCAACGCUGCCGCCGUCUCUGCUUCUGCUGACGCCGAUUAUUUAAUUUGAACGCACGCAUGGCCAACAACAACGCAGCAGCCAAGGUCGAUGUCGACACCGGCACCGGCGCCAACGCAAAGCCAAAAGUCAACGGCAUAUUUGAUACUGUCCUAGAUGAUAUCGCCCUCCAGGAUGGUCUCAGCUGCAAUGAGCUUUUCCAUAUGGGCGAAGGCCUUACCUACAAUGAUUUUCUCAUAUUGCCCGGCUUCAUUAAUUUCGCCGCCGAGGAGGUCGAUCUCAGCUCACCGCUAACAAAGUCUCUCACAUUGCGUGCGCCCCUUGUAAGCUCGCCCAUGGACACGGUAACCGAAUCCGAGAUGGCAAUAGCCAUGGCGCUGUGUGGUGGCAUUGGCAUCAUCCAUCACAACUGCACGCCGGAAUAUCAAGCGUUGGAGGUGCACAAGGUUAAGAAGUACAAACAUGGCUUUAUGCGUGACCCCUCGGUUAUGUCGCCGUCCAAUACCGUUGGCGAUGUGCUCGAGGCCAGGCGCAAGAACGGCUUUACCGGUUAUCCUGUCACCGAGAAUGGCAAACUGGGCGGCAAGCUGCUGGGCAUGGUCACCUCGCGCGACAUUGACUUCCGUGAGCAUCAGCUCGAUGUGCUGCUGAAGGACAUCAUGACCACAGAGCUCGUCACAGCGCCCAACGGCAUUACCUUGCCCAUGGCCAAUGCCAUACUGGAGAAGAGCAAAAAGGGCAAGCUGCCCAUUGUCAAUCAGGCUGGCGAGCUGGUGGCCAUGAUAGCGCGUACAGAUUUGAAGAAGGCACGCUCCUAUCCCAACGCCUCAAAGGAUUCCAAUAAGCAGUUGCUGGUGGGCGCUGCAAUCGGCACGCGCCAGGAGGACAAAGCGCGUCUGCAGCUACUGGUGGCCAAUGGUGUGGAUGUCAUCAUACUGGACUCGUCUCAAGGCAAUUCCAUAUACCAAAUCGAGAUGAUUAAAUAUAUCAAAGAGACAUAUCCCGAACUGCAGGUCAUUGGUGGCAAUGUGGUAACUCGCGCUCAGGCCAAGAACCUCAUUGAUGCCGGCGUGGAUGGUCUGCGCGUGGGCAUGGGAUCCGGCUCGAUUUGCAUUACACAGGAGGUGAUGGCUUGCGGCUGUCCCCAGGCCACCGCUGUCUAUCAGGUGUCCACAUUUGCCAAACAGUUCGGCGUGCCCGUGAUUGCCGAUGGCGGCAUUCAGUCCAUUGGACAUAUUGUUAAGGCUUUAGCGCUGGGCGCCAGUGCUGUUAUGAUGGGAUCACUGCUGGCCGGCACCUCGGAGGCGCCCGGCGAAUAUUUCUUUUCGGAUGGCGUGCGCUUGAAGAAAUAUCGCGGCAUGGGCUCGCUGGAAGCCAUGGAGCGUGGCGAUGCCAAGGGCUCGGCCAUGUCGCGUUAUUACCACAAUGAAAUGGACAAAAUGAAGGUGGCCCAGGGUGUAAGCGGCAGCAUUGUGGACAAGGGCUCGGUGCUGCGUUAUCUGCCCUAUUUGGAGUGCGGACUGCAGCAUAGCUGCCAGGACAUUGGCGCCAAUUCAGUGAAGAAACUUAAAGAAAUGAUCUACAAUGGGCAGCUGCGUUUCAUGAAGCGCACGCACUCGGCUCAGCUGGAGGGCAACGUACACGGCCUGUUCAGCUACGAGAAGCGUCUCUUCUAACAUACAACCAGCAGCCCUACACUGCCAAUAGCAGGCGGCGUGGGCGCUAAAUGCCAAAACAAGAAGCAGCAGCAACAACAACAACAGCAGCAGCAGCAGUGCCGUCGACAGCAGCAACAUCUUGUUAAUCACGAAUUUGGGCGUCGUCACUUUGAUACAAACCCACGCAGGCAUCUUUGAAGUAUCUAGUACAAACCCAUACAACCAACAACAACAUAAACGCCAAGAAAAAGACCCUUUCCAUGUUUAUCGAUUUCCUAAGCUAAGCUAAAUUUACUUAAUGCGUUGAGAUCAGCUUGAAUAUAUUCACUGAUCCACAACCAACACACACACACACACACACACACACAGAUAUAUAUACAUAUACCUAUACACACAUGCAUGUAUACAGCAAUUGCAACUGUAAUAUGAACUUGAUCUAAUUGAGUUCAAUUAUCUGGAAAGCAUCAAUUCGAAUUAUACAACAGUACUUAUACAUAUAUAAUAGUACAUGACAUGUUUCUAAAUUUAUAAUUUACUACCAAGAUGCAGAUUUUUUUUUACCUAAAUCUACACAUGUUAUAGAUUACUUUACAACAAAUUGUAAAAAAAUUAUGUAUGCCAAACUUAUUAAAUGGAAUAUUUGUCUAGCCAAGUUAUUCAAAAACAAAA